AUGCAGCAUCCGCCUCCGGCGCCUUGGUCUCCGACUGGCCCCAGCGGCUCGAGUCGUCCUGGUCACGCACCACACCAUCACCCAGCCUCGGCCGCUUCGACGUCGGCGUCGGCCUCGUAUACCAACAAGCCGCUAGCCCCCCUGCGGUCGUUGCCAUCGUUCGGUAGUCCCAAUGAGUUCCCGAAUCCACCCUCGCACUACUUCCCGUCGCGGCCCCGAGCGGUGCGAGCCAAGUCGCCGCCGACGAGAUCGGACGCCGAAACAGUGAUCAAGCCUCGCCAGCCCCGUUCCGCGCCGCUUGCAGAUGGUCCUACGAGCGUCGAAGCAAGCAGCGGCCCUCGCAAGGCCGGCUCAGCAUCGCACGGGAACGGGAAUCCGAAAGCAAAUGGGGUCGUCGCAGGCCACACUACCUCAUCCGCUCGCUGGGAGAGGGCCGGCUCAGCAACUCGCGACGAGCUCGACGACGGUCACGCUAUGGAUGCGGACGGUGAAGGCGACGACGACAGCGAGAGCGUUGCAGACGUCGGUGGGGAUCGAGAUGAUGACGGAGUAGAUGAAGGAGAAGGCUCGUCGUCGCAUAAUGCAAAGCGAGGUGCAUCCGGUGCAGCUGGAUUCGAGAAGGACGGCGCAAAGAAGCGCAGUCGAACCUUGACUUCGGCCCACCAAACGGCCGUGCUCAAUUCUUUGUUGGCCAAGGUGCGUACAGAAUGCUCCACGACCGCGAGUCGACGACGUCACAAAGUUCAAUCCGGGAACUGGACCGCUCACUUUUGGGCAUCGCACAUCCCACAGACCCGUUUUCCUUCGACCGAGACUCGGGAAGAGGUCGGAAAGCAGAUUGGCAUGUCAGCGAGGCGGGUCCAGAUCUGGUUUCAGAACGUGAGUCCUUUCCUGGGACUUCUAAUUGAUCUAGUGCCUAGAUGUCUCCUCGGACCUGACACUAAAUGUUGUUGCAUGGCCCCUUUGCGAUCCUAGCGCCGUCAAUCGCAAAAACGCGUGCGAGAUCGGGAAGCAAGCGAGAUGGGGGCAGCAUCAACAUCGAGCUUGCCUCAUCAUGAAUAUCAGCGCAACGAACCUUAUACUCGCUAUGGUGCCCCGCCCGCCUCAUCAGCAUCUUCCAGUUCCACGGCGCGGCCGAAUCUCUCCCGUCAGGUCUCGGCGGAGUCCAACAGCUCGUUCGCAUCAGCAUACUUGACUCGCUACCCUCGUGAUCCGCUCUCACCGCUUUCCGACGGUCCUCCUCGAUGGUCAGGCGGCUCUACAGGCCUCGUCACCGGAGCUGGCUACGCCGGGUGGCUGAACUCGUCACCCGAGAGGCGCCCUCCGACCGGGACCUACUCCAGUAACCACAUACCAGGCAGGCACCAGGCAGGCCCUUUCCCCGGACCCCCGGCCAAGCUCCCCGCGACGACCGAUGGGGCCGUCCGUCUACCAUCUCUUUCUGCAGUGCUGGGACCGGCGAUAGUAGACAGCAAUGCCGAGCGGACAGCCUUCGCCUAUUCGCACCCGCAUUCGCGAGGUCCGCCUCUUCCAUCGUCCGCUGGUGCGGGACUUCCAGAAGACCCGCCUAUUGGCUCGGUAGCACAGGGGACGAACAACCGGCCGUUCGACGACUUCUCUCGUCUGCGCAUCUCGAAUGAUGGCCCCUCGCAGUGUGAGCGCCGUUCUUCUCCUCCCGACAUCUUGGACGCCGCCAUGGAGACGAUGUUCAGGCCUGCGGCUUUUCCGGCACGAUCCAAACUCCCCCCUUUGCGAUCGACGCUGGGUCUGGGAGCGCCGCUGUCGGAGCAUGAGUUUACCCAACGGUCAUCAGAAGCGGAUGCCGCCCUACUUGCGCCAAUUCGGCCCGCAGAGAAGACCCACACUUUUGCAACGCGACUACCGCCCAUUUCGGCAUUAGCGCUCGCCCCCUCCAAUGUCUUUCCCUCAGCUCCGCGGACCCCUGGGUCAGCUUCGCACCGUGUCGCACGGUCUUCUGUCUCGUCGUUGGACACGCUCGGCACUUGGUCUGCUGGCGUGGGUGCACACGGCCAGGUGCACAACAAUGCGAGCGCUGCCAGCAGCGCCACGUCCAGAACAAGUUUCUCGAGCGAGGUGCAAGAGGAAUGGGACCGAAUGACGAGUGGUGUUGGGCGCAAAGUGAAGACCGCGGAGGUCAGUUUGACUUCCCAGCCCAACAGUCGACGGAUACCGAGCGGAUUCUCAAGCCGCGAAGUCCGGAUGGGCUCGCCAUGA